UCUCUGUUAAUUUAAUUCCUUGCUUCGAUUUUUAGUUCCUCUUGAAUCAGAUUUUGGCUCUCUCUCCCUUUUUUCGCCGGUGCGAUUUUCUCCGCUAUUGAAGCUAAAGAAGCUCGAUCGCUCCAUUGGUCGUUCAAGAUGGCGGCGGUUACAAUCUCCUCCGAGCCGGAGCCGGAGACAGAGCCGUUCGUGGAGGUGGAUCCCACGGGCCGCUACGGCCGCUACAGCGAGCUGCUCGGCGCCGGCGCGGUGAAGAAAGUGUACAGAGCAUUCGAUCAGGAAGAAGGAAUCGAAGUGGCGUGGAACCAGGUCAAGCUCCGGAGCUUCGCCCGCGAUCCGGCGAUGAUCGACCGCCUCUUCUCGGAGGUUCAUCUUCUCCGAUCGCUGCAGAACGGCAACAUCAUCGCCCUGUACGACGUGUGGCGGGACAGCGAACACCAAACCCUAAAUUUCAUAACAGAGGUCUGCACCAGCGGGAAUCUCAGAGAGUACCGGAAAAAGCACCGGCAGGUCUCGAUCAAGGCGGUGAAGAAAUGGGCGAGGCAGAUCUUAAGGGGAUUGGAUUAUUUGCAUUCUCACGAUCCCUGUAUCAUCCACAGAGAUCUCAAUUGCAGCAAUGUCUUCGUCAACGGCCACAUUGGGCAGGUGAAGAUCGGCGAUUUGGGGCUGGCAGCAACGGUGGGGAAGAGCCACUCGGCGCACUCAGUGAUUGGGACGCCGGAGUUCAUGGCGCCGGAGCUGUACGAGGAGGAUUACACAGAGAAGGUGGACAUCUACUCGUUUGGGCUGUGUGUGCUGGAGAUGGUGACUCUGGAGAUUCCGUACACUGAAUGUGAGAAUGUGGCAAAGAUAUACAAGAAGGUGUCGGCCGGAAUUCGGCCGGCGGCGAUGCAGAAAGUUGCAGAUGGUGAAGUGAAGAGGUUCAUUGACAAGUGCAUUGGGCAGCCGAGGAGACGGCCGUCCGCGGCGGAGCUUCUUCUUGAUCCAUUCUUCCAUGGAGUUGAUGAUGAUGAAAAUGAUAGUUUUCAAGUUACAGAGUGAUUCUGUUGUGUCUUCUGCCUCUCUUAGGAAGAAAUAUAGGUUUUAUUUUGUGUACAUGAUUGUCUGACUGGAAGUUGGAAGAUUAGAUUGAAUUGAGAUCGCUUUCAAGCUCAUUUCAAUCGAUGUUAAAUUCCAAUCUCAAAUGUGGGUUGGAACUUGGAACUUACUAUUAGGAUUCUUUGGUGGAAGUAAAAAUAUCUUUAACUAUUGAGCUAUGUGCUCGAGUUAGUAUCUAAAUUCGACUAUUUUACG